UACCGCCGGUUGCAAGGCCAGAUGCUCCGCUGAGUCUUGGCGUUCCAGAAAACCGGUGAAAUGAUUAACUUCCUGCAAGUUAAUCUCAACGGGAACUGGGAUGCCCAACAACUCCUCGAUCAAACGGUCAGGCAGAGGGAUAUCGACAUCCUUAGGUCGGACACUGCUGAGCACACUCUGUUCCACUGUCCAAACUGGGAUGGUCUUCGCGGCGAUCUCCGAAAUCGGCUAGGCCGCACUCCUUCAGUGGCAGACGCGCCCGACAUCCUGUGCGGGCCACUCUUCGAGGAUCUUCCCGCCAACCACCAGGAGAGAGAUCUCGCUUUGAGGGAGGAUGAGGAGACUUUCAGGAUUUUCUACAAAAUGGUCGUAGACAUCCUGAAGCUCAAAGAAGAAGAGGAAAGGGUUCGUCAAGCCGCUGAAGUCAACGACUAGCCAACCACGCACGAGAUGUCCAGGGCGGCGGGCUGCGG